AUGAAUUCAGACACCUUGAAAGCCUUCCAGAAGGAACUCACCUGCUCCAUGUGCAUGAACUACUUCCUCGACCCUGUCACCAUAGAAUGUGGGCACAGCUUUUGUCGUCCCUGCCUGCACCUCUGCUGGGACGAAACUCCAAAUCGAAAGUGCUGCCCUGAGUGCAGGGCAAUUUCAGAGAAGCCAGAUUUCAAAACUAACAUCACACUCAAGAGCCUUGCUUCCCUUGCCAGACAGGCUAGCGCUUACUAUGUCAACGGCUCUGAGGAGCAGAUCUGUGUGUCACACAAAGCACAGGGGCUCUUCAGUGAGGUUGAAAAUGACCUGCUCUGUGGGCUCUGCUCUGAAUCCCCAGAGCAUGUGGCUCACAACCACAGUCCAAUACAAUGGGCCGCGGAGGAAUACAGGGUGGAUAAUCUUCUAAAGAAAAUGGACUCUUUAUGGAAUAUGACUCAAGAAAUACAAAAUAGUCUGAAGCAGGAAACUAGCAAAAUCCAGUCAUUAGAGGAGUAUGUGGCUUUGAGAAAGGUUAUGAUCAAAGCUGAAUAUCAGAAGAUGCAUCUAUUUCUCCAUGAGGAAGAGCACCUCCAUGUGGAUGCAAUGGAGAAGGAAGCAAAGGAGAUCUUCCGUCAACUCAAAGAAAAUGAAUUCAGAAUGACCCAACAGAAAGAAGGCCUGAAACAAAUGUACAGAGAGCUGACUGAGAUAUGCCACAGGGCUGAUGUGGAACUGCUCCAGGACUUAGAAAAUGUAUUGGAAAGGACUGAAUUUGUGCAGAUGCAAAAGCCUCAGUCAGUGAAUCCAGAGCUCACUUCAUGGUGCUUCACUGGAAUCCUAGAUAUGCUGAACAACUUCAGAGUGCAUAAUGUUCUGAAUCAGGAAACCAUCAGUAACUGUAUUAGCCUUCCUGAGGAUGUCAGAAAGAUGAUAUUCGGAGAUGACCAUCACGACACGUCUGGAGAGCCCCCGAGAGUGCAGAGCUUUGCAGCAUGGGGAGCUCAGACCUUUACCUCUGGUCGGCAUUACUGGGAGAUGGAUGUGCCACACUCCUCGAACUGGAUUCUGGGAGUCUGCAAAGAUUCCUUGAUAAGCGAUACCGAUAUCACUAUUGAUUUUGAAGAAGCAUCGCUUCUAUUUUCUUUGAAGAUGAAUAACCAUUAUUUUCUCUCCACUAACCCCCCACCCUUAAUUCAGUAUGUUAAAAGGCCCCUGGGUAAGAUUGGAGUGUUUCUGGAUUAUGAUAAUGGAACCGUGAGCUUCUAUGAUGCUGAAAAAGGUUCCCUCAUAUCCAGUAUAGUUUCUUCCUCCUUCCAUUCCCCUCUGAAGCCUUUCCUCUGCCUUGGUUCCCCAUGA